UUAGCCGUCUGCUGCUCGCUGUAUUUCAGCUCGCAGUUUCACAGCGUGCUCAGUUGCUUGUUGUUUACUAACCCGAGGUCUGAGGUAGAUCGAGAUUCUAUAUCAUGUGUUUAUUUCACGGCAAUAUCCGUCUAUUAUUUACUUAUUAAUUAAUAUGAACAACGUCGAUAUGUAUAUGUUUUGUAAACAACAGUGAAAAUAUUCUUAGUGAGUCAAUUACUUCGCCACAGAUGUUACCUAACCUGCAUGUUGUGUGUCGUAAACCUUCGAAUGUAUUUAUAGAUUAUUACUUUGAAUGAAGUCGGCACAAAUCGACAAAAGAAAAAAAAAUCGAUUACUCUCAACGGCGGCGCGAUUUGUCAACUCUGAGACCUUAUUUAUAUGCUUCUAAGUUGGCACUGCAGUUGUUAAUUCGUUGUUUACACUGCUGUUUAGGUGCGUGAAGUAGUUUAAAAUGUUUUCCAAGACGUCAGCGCUGUUGUGUGCUAAUGUUUAUCUUCGCGUGUUUCUUGUGAUACCAGUGGUUACUAGUGUUGUGCAACAGUCAGAUCAAACUUACUUGAACUCAAACUCCACCGGAUUAUUUUUCCGUCAGGAAACUGCCUUGUCGGUUCAUCAUGACCCGCGGGUCGGGGGUAAGCUAACGUCAAAUAAUGAAGAUGUGGUUCAGGAUAUUACUCAACAAGACGGAAACUACCACCAAAACUUCGGUAGUAAAAAAGGUAAAGUUAAUGAGUACAUAGCAACAGAUAAGCAGACACCACAAACUAGCCCAAACGGAUCGAUGCGUGAUUUAUCGAUCACUGAUAUUUUAACACAGCAUACAGGUCACGAUACCCUUGACAGCAAGGCAAUGCGUAAUUACGACGAAACGUCAAAGACUUUGAUUCAAAGACUUUGCAAAGUACACGGGAAAUAUUCCGUCUGCUACCAGCACGGGGAUUCGGUCUGUCGGUGUGCAGGAAAUCUGGCCGACUGCAGCGGCACCCCCGGGUUCCCCAACAUGACCUACGCCCCGAAGCUCCCACCAAACAUCAACUGCUUGAUAUUCACCAACAACGAGGUGCAGAGCUUACAGGAGAGCUACUUCUCCAACGUGUCCAACUUUAUCGUCAUUGACUUCUCAAUGAACAAUUUAAAAACCGUGUCUGCGCGCACUUUUGAGAAACUUACGUCCCUCCAGUACCUAAUCUUGAACAAAAACGUACUCACCUACUCUCAGAUUACUCGCGUUAUCGAUUACGUUCCUUCCCUGCGUCUGGAUCUCAUCCAGCUGGGCUUACGCGAGAUCCCGCGAGAUUUUUUUAACCGCAGUGCUCUAAAAUUGAGUCAGUUGUAUAUGGACUUUAACCGUUUAGACCACGUUAACCUCAGUGAUUUCUCCGGGUUAGCUAGCCUACAGUACCUCAGCUUAACCAACUCCAGCAUUAAAACAAUUGUGCCGGGGUUUUUAAAAAAGGUCAAGGUUAUCGACUUAAAAAACAACCAAAUUACAACUUUUCUAAACACGUGCAAGGUUUCAACAAAUCACCCGAAGAAAGAUAAUCUAAAUACCGAAACUAUAGAAGAAGAAGCAAAAAAGCAGUCGUAUUUUCCAAUUCUCGGAGAACUGUACAUCGACACCAAUAGUAUUUCGUCACUUCCGCCAGCUGACCAGCUUUGUCUUCCAGAGUUGUCGGUACUGGUGCUUGACCAGAACAACAUCACAGAGAUCCCAAACCACGCCUUCGCUGCACUGACCACGGUGAGAAGAAUCUCCUUCACCAAACAGCAGUCCAACGUCACACGAAUCGGGGACUCGGCGUUCGGUCUACCUAAACUUACGACGCUGUAUCUGUCCAGGAACAACAUCGAGUUCGGCAGUCCUGACGUCAGCAUGAAACUCUUCGAGGGCGCCACGAGCCUCCUGGACAUGACCCUGGACCACAACAGGCUAGAGAACUCCACGGACAACAACCUGGUAGAGAUGUUCAAACACCUGCCCUCCCUUCGCUACCUGUACCUCAGCUACUGCGGCAUGACGUCCAUCCCUGUGGAAUCUUUCUCCCAGCUCGCUAAUUUAAAAAGCCUAUUUUUAUACAGCAACAAUAUCAAAGAAAUCCCAGACAAAGCCUUUGAUAAACUGAAACAUUUAGAGACCUUGUACAUCGACCACAACGAAUUGACUUGCAUUAGGGAGGCAUCUUUCUCCGUGAACAUGACAAAGCAACUCAGAUUCGUCGAUUUCAGCAAAAACGACUUUCUUUGUAACUGUGACCUUCUCUGGUUUCAAACAUGGCUAAAAAACCCGGGUGGCACCGAAUUCAAAAACCCCUCGCUCUACGAAUGCUCUGAUCAGCCGAAUGUCCUCGUCCAGGAAUAUAAAGUGAGCGUACAAGCUUGUCUAUUUAGCCGCACAACGUACAUUCUGUUUGUGGUCUGCGUUUCCAUUUUAAUAGUCGUCUUUGUGGUGUUCGCCAUUUUUUACCGGUACCGUUGGACCAUCCGGCUGAUGAUGUAUGAACGGAAGGUGGCCAGGGGCGGGAUACGGCACGAAGAAGAGGAUGGCUGCUACGAGUACGAUAUCUUUAUUGUGUAUUGCAACGACGACUGUGAUUGGGUAGAAAACGUUCUGCUUCCUGUCGUUGAGAAAAAGUGGAAACUGAAAGCAUGUAUUCAUCAGCGCGACUUCAAGGCAGGCUACUUCAUCAUCGACAACAUCAUUGAAGCCAUGAACAACAGCCGCAGGAUUCUGGUCGUGUUAAGCUCCGGCUUCAGCCACAGCAGCUGGUGCAAGUCGGAGCUUAUGCUCUGUCAGUCGCACAUCAUCACGCACAAUCUGCCAUCUUUAAAAGUCAUCCAGUUGGAGCCCAUUGACAUGUUGGCCUUGUACAAAACAGUUUGUUACUUAGAAUGGCCGGUAAUCCACGGCAACGACCAAGAGGAGAUAACCAAGUUUUGGAGCAGACUUCACUAUUUACUAAAGGAUUUGAUAGAACAGAAAGAACAGACUAGUGUGAUGCGAAUGUAGUGAAUAAAUUUCACAUAUACCA